CAGCCAUAGCCGCAGAGUGUUUGGGGUCAGCGAUAGUGAUCGGGCAUUUCGUGAGCUAGCUGAGCUAACCACCUGUUCAGAGAGAGAUGUGGAGGCUCAAGGUGUCCGAGGGUGGCGGCCCGUGGCUGCGGUCGGUGAACAACUUCCUCGGCAGAGCGGUGUGGGAGUUCGACCACGACUACGGCACAACGGAGGAGCGCGCCGAGGUGGAGAGGGUGCGCCGGGAGUUCACCGACCGCCGUUUCGAGAAAAAGGAGUCGCAGGAUCUUCUUAUGCGCAUGCAGUUUCCAAAACAAAAGCAUCUUCAGGUGGAUCUUCCAGCUGUCAAGCUUGUAGAUAGUGAAGAAGUCACAGCAGAGACUAUAUUAACAUCAUUGAGGCGAGCACUUGCUCAACAUUCUGCUCUGCAAGCGCAUGAUGGGCAUUGGGCUGGUGAUUACAGUGGAAUUAUGUUCAUUAUGCCUAUCUUGAUAUUUGCUCUACAUGUUACUGGAUCACUCAAUACUGUCCUAUCAACCGAACAUCGACGCGAGAUAUGUCGCUAUAUCUACAACCAUCAGAAUGAAGAUGGUGGCUGGGGCACAUCAGUGUUGGGGCCGAGCAGCAUGUUUGGAUCAUGCUUGAACUAUGUUACCUUGAGGCUUCUUGACGAGGUGGACAAUGAUGCCUUGACUGCAGGACGCACUUGGAUUCUAUCACGUGGAAGUGCAGCUGCGAUACCACAAUGGGGAAAGAUAUGGCUCUCGGUGAUUGGUUUGUAUGAAUGGUCCGGAAAUAAUGCGAUCAUUCCUGAACUAUGGCUUGUCCCACAUUUUCUUCCAAUUCAUCCAGGACGAUUCUGGUGCUUUUGCCGGUUGAUUUAUAUGCCAAUGUCUUACCUCUAUGGUAAAAAAUUUGUUGGCCCAAUUACACCAAGAAUAUUGGAAAUAAGAGAGGAGCUCUAUAGUGCACCAUACCAUGAGAUCAAUUGGAAUAAAGCACGUGAUACUUGUGCCAAGGAAGAUCUUCGCUAUCCACGGUCAUGGUUACAGAAUGUUAUUUGGACAUGUAUCAAUAACGUUGUGGAACCAGUUUUGAAUUGCUGGCCAGUUAAUAAGUUAAGAGAUACAGCAUUGAAGAACCUCAUGAAACAUAUUCAUUAUGAAGAUGAAAGUACUAAAUAUAUCGGUAUAUGCCCGAUUAACAAGGCACUAGAUAUGAUUUGUUGUUGGAGCGAUGAUCCAAAUUCAGACGCAUUGAAGAUGCAUCUUCCAAGGAUCUAUGAUUACUUAUGGCUUGCAGAGGAUGGCAUGAAAGCACAGGUCUACGAUGGUUGUCAAAGCUGGGAGACAGCUAUUAUUGUUCAAGCCUAUUGCUCAACAGACAUCGUUAAUGAGUUUGGUCCAACACUUCGGAAAGCACAUGAGUUCAUUAAAAGUUCACAGAUUCUUGAGAACCAUCCUCACAGUGAAACUUAUUACCGCCAUAGAUCGAAAGGUUCAUGGACACUUUCAGCAGCAGAUAAUGGUUGGUCUGUAUCAGAUUGUACUGCAGAAGCACUUCAGGCAUUAUUGCUGCUGUCAAAGAUCUCUCCUAAUCUUGUGGGAGAUCGCAUAAAAGAAGAAAGGUUGGACGAUGCAGUGGAUUGCUUACUUUCUUUCAUGAACAAAGACAGUACCUUUUCUACAUAUGAGUGCAAGAGAACUACAUCUUUGUUAGAGGUUCUCAACCCUUCCGAGUCUUUUCUGAAUAUUAUUGUCGAUUAUCCGUCCGUUGAAUGCACAUCAUCGGUGCUUCAGGCCUUUAUUAUGUUUAGAGAGCUUUACCCGGGGUACCGCGAAGAAGAGAUAGGAAAAUGCAUAAAAAAUGCUUCCAAGUUCAUUGAAAAUAGUCAACGGAAGGAUGGCUCAUGGGUUGGCAGUUGGGGUGUAUGUUUCACUUAUGGAACAUUAUUUGCUGUAAAAGGAUUAAUUGCUUCUGGAAAAAUUUAUGAAAAUAGUUCCUCCAUAAGGAAAGCAUGCGACUUUCUGUUGUCAAAGCAGCUAAGUACAGGUGGAUGGGGAGAGACUUAUCUUUCUAGCGAAACUGAGUCUUAUGUGAACGCUACUAGUCCGCAUGCAGUCAACACUGCUUGGGCAAUGUUGGCUUUAAUUUAUGCUGGGCAGGUUGAAAGAGAUCCCACACCACUAUAUCAUGCUGCAAAAGAAUUGAUCAAUAUGCAGUUAGAGACGGGAGAGUUUCCCCAGCAAGAACAUGUUGGAAGCUUCAACAGCUCCUUCUACUUCAGUUACCCCAACUACAGCAACUUAUUCCCCAUCUGGGCUCUUGGAGAGUUGCGCUGCCGACUGCUAGGAAAGAGCCGAAACCAGUGAAAGUGAUGUAUUAAUACACUGCUCCUAAGUGUAACCGUACCUUCUGCAAGGAUUAUAAACAGACUACCAUCUAUGUAAGACAUACAGCAAUAACAGGCUUAGUGGUACCAAGUGAUUAAGGAAAAACAUAAUAGAGAAAGAUUUGUAUCUUAUGUACUGUAAUGACAUGCCAAUUAUGUUGUUCUGUUUGGCUUUGUUUUUUUUAAA